UAGUGCGCUAUCUCUGCGUUUGGGAUUCAGCCUGUGCCUUAAUUCCUCAGAAAGGUUUUGGGGGCGUCACAAGAAGAGUAGCGAAGUACUCUACAACACGUAAUGUUUUGUGUAAACAACUAGCGUAGGAUUAAACCGUGUUAUUAAAUCAGAAAGGCGACUGACCGGAACGAGUUGUUUAGUUUUAGUUCACUAGACAAAGACGUUAAAGGAAGCAGGAGUGGAGAAAAGAGGUAUAAAUAAGUUUGGUGGCAAAGCGGAACCAUUGAGGAGUGGUCGUGUUUCUCCAGGUCAUUAAUCCAGAGCACUGAGAUGGCGGUCCUGUACCACAGAGUUCGUUGUUUAAAGCUCUUAAAGGUAGUUUCUCACAGUUUCAUUCAUGAACAUGAGGCUUUCGUCAUGAAUAUGAAACAACAAUAAAAACUUCCUGUUUUUAAAACGUCUCGGUCCAAAGGCUUCUCUCUGAGGGUGUAAAAAGGGUUGUUAAUGAAUCCCCUCUGGAUUAAAGGGGAAAUGUACACUGCAACACAUGAGAUAUGUUUACAUUGAAAGAUUUGUGAUGGGUUUAGAGAGUCUAGUGUUGUAUUUUCAUUAUUCUUGUGAGAAGUUUGUGGUUUUGUGAGGCUCUGACAUCACAGGAGGACAUGUGCCAUGUUUAUAUGGAGUUAUAGGUUUGAUUAUAUGUAGAACGUACACCUGUGAACCGUAACAUUAAAACCACCUGCUUAAUAUUGUGUAGGUCCUCCUUGUGCCCCCAAAACAGCUCUGAACCGGUCGAGACAUGGACUCCACGAGACCUCUGAAGGUGUACUGUGGUAUCUGGCACCAAGACGUUAGCAAUAGAUCCUUUUAUAUCCUGUAAAUUGCGAGGUGGGGCCUCCAUGGAUCGGACUUGUUUGGCCAGCACAUCCCACAGAUACUCGAUCAGAUUGAGGUUUCGGGAAUUUGGAGGCAGAGUCAACACUUUGAACUCUUUGUCAUGUUCCUUAAAUCAUUCCUGAGCAAUUUUUACAGUGUGGCAGGGCGCAUUAUCCUGCUGAAAGUGCCCACUGCUAUUAGGGAAUACUGUUGCCAUGAAGGGGUGUACUUCAGUGUUUAAGUAGGUGGUACGUGUCAAAGUAACAUCUACAUGAAUGCCAGGACCUGAGGUUUCCCAGCAGAGUAUUGCCCAGAGCAUCACACUUCCUCCGCCGGCUUGCCUUCUUCCCAUAGUAUAUCCUGGUGCCAUUUCUUCCCCAGGUAAGCGACACACAUGCACCUGGCCAUCCACAUGCAAGUGAUGAUUCAUCAGACCAGGCUGCUUUCUUCCAUUGCUCCAUGGUCCAGUUCUGAUGCUCACAUGCCCAUUGUAGGCAUUUCUGGCAGUGGACAGGAUCAGCAUAGGCACUCUGAGUGGUCUGCGGCUACACAGCCCCAUAUGAAGCAAGCUACGAUGCAGUGUGUGUUCUGACACCUUUCUAUAAUAGCCAACAUGAACUUUUUCUGCAAUUUGUUGUCCUUCCUUGGAGCACUUUUGGUAGGUACUAACCACUACAUACCAGGAACAUCCCACAAGACCUGCCGUUUUGGAGAAACUCUGAUCCAGUCGACUAGCCAUCCCAAUUUGGCCCUUGUUAUAGUUGCACAGAUCCUUACGCUUGCCCAUUUUUCCUGCUUCCAACACAUCAACUUUGAGAACUGACUGUUCACUUGCUGCUUAAAAUAUCCCACCCCUCGACAGGUGGCACUGUAACCAGAUAAUCAAUGUUAUUCACUUCACCUUUCAGUAGUUUUAAUAUUAUGGCUGUAUGUCUUUCAUACAUUCCCUUAUUUAAAAAAAAAAAAAAAAAAAAAAACCCUUUGUGGGUGGAGAAAUAUUUUUCAUUUUAGAAAAAGUUGCUCGUAAGUCCUGACAGAGAAGAGAUUGCUGAUCUGGUUGAAAUGUUCUGGGUUUUAUCCCGGAAGUAUAGUCACUGCUCAAAAAUUGGAACAUAUAGGGAGUGAUGAUAUUUAAACAGUACCAGUAUUAUUCAGGUUAUAAGUUAUUAUAGGUUCUAUACCCUUUCAGGGCUUGACUAGAGAUGGCACCUCAUGAUGUUUGGAAUGAGAUCAUUGACCUGUUGACAGUGAUCAAUUGUUAUUGCCACAUGCCGCAGUUCAGUGGUGCAGAAUGUCCGGGAAGUUGUCUUGUUGUUGCUACUUUUUCCGUAGGUGCUGACUGUUUGGGAUCAAUACCAUUUAACUUAUUGCGAAAGAUGUGGAGUUUUGUUACAGUUUAACCCCUGGAUUUGUAUGAAUGCUGAAUAUAUGGCAGAGUAGCAAAUCUGCAGUGCAUGGACCCAUACAAAGAGGAAAAACUAGAGUCUUCAUAUGGAAAAGUCAUUCAGUAUUUUAAGAAGAAUGCCAGGCAUAGCAACUCUCAGUACCAAGGCUGGUAAUCCCAAGAAGCCAAUCAGAUAUACAAGCAUAAAGAAGGCAAAGCCCCAAACAAUAGUUGAUAUUGGCAAUCUGUUACUGCAAAGGGCCACUAAGCCUAAAGAGAGUCAGCAGUUGGUAAUUGGAGAAGUUGUUUUGAAACCUGCCACACAGACUGCGUCAAAUUCCAUGGCCACAAUCGGUCCUGUUCCUGCGAACUCCAAGACUGUAGCAGCCAAGAAACCUGUGAUAAAAGCAGUACCUGAACUUUCAGUCAUAUCCACGCCUACCUUCACAACAACAGUGGCUAAAUGUGCUGACAGUUUAUUUGAAACAACCACAUGUGUGAAAAAAGUUGAAGAGACAGUCCCUGAAGCUUCAGUCACCAGAGACAACCGGUCUACCAAAGCAUCUGCUUCAUCAGAAUUGUCUCCACCUGUCUCCACAGCAUUCAGUGUUUCUCUAAAAGAAAUGACGGAAGGUACACAUGUCCCCAGCAAUGUCAUUGAUGAAACAACAAGUACCCGUCAUGCAAUACCUGAAACUGGCGCUGCUCUUGCCCCUGCCCCUGAGACUUACUUUGGCAUCCUUCCAAGUGUUGGCACAGUGAUUCCUACUACAGGCAAAGUCUCUGACCUGUCUCCCAACCUGUCUCCUGACCUGUCCCCUGCUGUAAAUGGUUCUACAGAAGCCACUGCUGUUUCUGGAGAUAUGGAAAUCAUUGAUGCCCCCAAGGAUGCAACAUCCACCAGAGCAGUCCACGGUUCUGAGGUAAAUGAUAUAAUGCCUAUGCAAGAAGGUGCUUUGGUAGAAAAUUUGGACGGCCCAAAUACGUGUACACACAGAAUACGUGCCCCACUGACCAUCACAGAAGUAAAAAAUUCCCAAACCCAGGGUAUUGCCUCAGAACUUUCAGCAACUGGGGAGAUAAUAAAUGAUCAAGAUCUUGUUCAACAUCUUUGCAACCUACAAUCACCAAUGACUACAGAGACUUCUACAGACUCUUCCUUCACCACAUGUUCCCCACAGAUACCUUAUAAAGAAGAGACUGUCGGUCAUAAACUUACUCCGGAUGUAGAAACUGGUUCUCCAGAAACAGCAUUCAGGCUUCCCUUCACAGACCCUGUGGCAUCACCAGUGGUUCCUAAUAAAGAUUCUGCAGUUCAAGUUGUUGCUCCUGAGGAAGUUGCGGUUUUCACAAGUCAGCCAAAAAUAAUGGAUGCCUCAGCAGAAAAGGGUCCAGAUGUCACACCAGAGACUGUUUUUGAACGUAACAUCAUCUGGAGCAACAAAUGUUUAAUGACAUCCGAUCCAGCCAACGCUGAAUUAGCAGAAGAAGAACUAAAGACAGAAGGAGAACGCAGCGUCCAAGAGGUUUUAGAAGCACAACUGGACCCGAUACAGAAGCUGUUCCUAGAUAAGAUCCGUGAAUUCUCCACCAAGAGCAAGUCCUGUGAUGGGCUGCUUGAUGCUGGUCCCGAAUAUAAGAAAGCAUUUUCAGAGGAAUUAACCAAGCUUCAAAGACUUUAUGGUAAAGGAGAUCUCUCAUCAUUCCCAGAAUUUAAGUUCUCAGAGCCUGUGUUGGAUGAAAUGAACACUAAAUAAAUGUCAACUGCCUCUUCGUCGCCAAAUAAUUAUUUUUAUUAAUCAAACAAAUACUUUUAAUGAACAUUUUUGUAUUCAUAUUUUGUGAUUUCUUUGAUAAUCUUGAUAAACCUGACUGACUCUCUGGCCAACUAUGCAACAGGAGAAAAAAAAGAGCAAAAAAUAAAAAUCGAUACAUUUGUUUAA